GUACCUCAGUGCACCACCCCUUCUCUUCUUGUUCCUCCCUUCUCCAUCCCUACUGUUCAGCAUAUACUCAAAAAAAAAAACUCCCUCACAACCACCACCACCACCACCACCACCACCUCCUCCUGCCUCCCUUCAAUCAGAGAAGGCCAGAUCAGAGAGAGAGAGGGCUGCAUUCUGUGUUUUCCACCCCCUCCCCCCUUCUGUGCGCGUGUUCCGUCUCACUGCCUGGGGCACCUCCAGUAUGUCCUCCAUCUUGCCUUUCACCCCACCGGUGGUGAAGCGGCUGCUGGGCUGGAAGAAGUCGGCCAGUGGCUCGGGAGGGGCCGGCGGCGGCGAGCAGAACGGCCAGGAGGAGAAGUGGUGCGAGAAAGCUGUCAAAAGCCUGGUGAAGAAGCUGAAGAAGACGGGCCAACUGGAUGAGCUGGAGAAGGCCAUCACCACACAGAACUGCAACACCAAGUGUGUCACCAUCCCCAGCAAUUGCUCUGAAAUUUGGGGACUGAGUACACCAAAUACGAUAGAACAGUGGGAUACUUCAGGCCUAUACAGCUACCCUGACCAAACCAGAUCCCUGGAUGGGCGCCUGCAGGUGUCCCACCGUAAGGGUCUCCCCCAUGUCAUCUACUGCCGCCUGUGGCGAUGGCCCGACCUGCACAGCCACCACGAGCUGCGUGCCAUUGAGACGUGCGAGUACGCCUUCAACCUCAAGAAGGACGAGGUCUGCGUCAACCCCUACCACUACCAGAGGGUGGAGACGCCAGUGCUGCCACCUGUCCUUGUGCCAAGACACACCGAGAUCCUGACGGAGUUGCCCCCGCUGGAUGACUACACCCAUUCCAUACCUGAGAACACCAACUUCCCAGCUGGGAUCGAACCUCCAAACAACUACAUACCAGAGACACCACCCCCUGGAUACAUCAGUGAAGAUGGGGAGACCAGUGACCAACAGAUGAAUCAAAGUAUGGACACAGGUUCUCCCGCAGAACUGUCACCCAGCACGCUUUCACCUGUCAAUCACAGCAUGGAUCUGCAGCCAGUGACUUACUCCGAGCCGGCCUUCUGGUGUUCAAUAGCGUACUACGAGCUGAACCAGCGAGUGGGGGAGACCUUCCAUGCCUCCCAGCCCUCGCUGACAGUGGACGGAUUCACGGACCCCUCCAACUCGGAGCGUUUCUGCCUGGGCCUGCUCUCCAACGUCAACAGGAACGCCACUGUGGAGAUGACCAGGAGGCAUAUAGGAAGAGGCGUCAGGCUCUACUACAUCGGUGGGGAGGUGUUUGCUGAGUGUCUGAGUGACAGCGCCAUCUUUGUGCAGAGUCCAAACUGUAACCAGAGGUAUGGGUGGCACCCAGCAACAGUCUGUAAGAUUCCUCCAGGGUGUAACCUGAAGAUCUUCAACAACCAGGAGUUUGCUGCACUGCUGGCCCAGUCAGUGAACCAGGGCUUUGAAGCGGUAUACCAGCUCACUAGGAUGUGCACUAUCCGAAUGAGCUUCGUCAAAGGCUGGGGAGCGGAGUACAGGCGGCAGACAGUGACGAGCACUCCCUGUUGGAUCGAGCUACACUUGAAUGGGCCGCUGCAGUGGCUGGACAAAGUUUUGACCCAGAUGGGCUCCCCCUCUGUACGCUGCUCCAGCAUGUCGUAAACACCAUCGGGACAGCGACCCACGCUGCAGAGUUGGGGGAAAAACAUGAAAAAAA